GACUGCUCCUAUUUAAUAGGAAUUAUUUUCAGUACAACGUGCUUUUUUCGUAACAUCUCAGCAAUGGGUUGCAUCCUUUUUGUUUUGGCCGUUUGUCUUGUUAUUCCAAGCAUCCAUGGAUUUUGUUUCUCUUCGUUUGGUCGAGUUGAUGUAACAGCGACGGGGCGCAAGGUUCCGAUCUGUGAAUUCAAUGGGAUCGAUUUCCUAGAUGGUUCUAAAUUUACAACUACCGGAUGUAAUGAAUGCGAGUGCAAAAAGGGUCAUUUGCACUGUUGUGGGAUCGGUGUAAAAGCUGGAAAUUUAACACCCCGACCAAACUGCAAGAUCAUAAACGACGGAUGUGUCGCAACGGAAGUGAGGAUAUCUGACGAAUCUCUGGACUGCGUAACAGGAAAACCCAUUCGAAAUCCCUCUGAAAAAGUCACCUUUCCAACAGAUGCCCCCGUAUCCCCAGCCGAACCCAAACCUGCAACUGUAGAUGCGAGAGGGGGCGUGGCUGUAGGUCACAUUGACAGAUCAUCCACCACUGGCACUCUGAAUCAUGGUUCCAAUGGCGCUGGGCCUCUGGACGACAUUCUCAACAAAAUCGCCAACAACGCCCAACAGGGCAAGCGGACAACAUUGGCUGAUCUGAUGCGUGAUAUGUCUAACGCCAACUCUGCCUCGACAUCAAAUGUCGUCUACCCACAAUUCCCCCAAUUUCCUUCAACAUCAACUAGAACGUCCAGUUCUUUCCAGCUGUUUGAUCCGUACACAAAUAACGACCCCUGGUCAAAUUGGAUCAUGUACAAUGGACUUAUGGAUGGGUCUUUCUAAAGUAGUUCAACUCAGGUGAAAUUCAUAAAAAUCAUUUUUUUUUCGUCCUUAUACAGUAAGUAGUAGAUAGUGUGUUAACUGUGUCUUUUUUAAACUACAGUACUACUUUUUUGCUAUAUAUGUAUUUAUGUACAUGUACGUAAACGAUGAUCUAGUGUUUCCAAGCAGCCAUCUUGAAAGAUUUUAUUGAGUACAUGCUGUUCUAGUUUGACGUCUUUUAAUAAUUGUAUACACCGUGCUGUAAACAAAUAAAGUUGUCCAUGGAGAACAA